GAAGUCAAAACGUUUUAUUUAUUGAAUAAAUUCCUGUAUUUUGGCGAAUUACUUAGUAAAUUGGAAAAAAGUACGAAGUAUUUACAAUGUCUUUAGCGGAUGAGCUUUUGGCCGAUCUUGAGGAAGACAAUGAAAAUGAGGAUGAAUUAACUAUAGAAGAGCCAGCCGAGGAGACGACUGAAGAGGUUUCAGAAAAAUUUCUGAAACCUAGUAUUAAUUUAAUGGAAGUGGAUGUGAAGGUGCAAUCUAUACGAGAAUUAUGCAAAUUACGUGAUUCCGAGCGUUUGCAAUACGUACUUAAACAAAUUGAAUUUUAUGCUCAAAGGCAACGGAGUUCUGCGGAAAUGCUGGGCAGUGUAGAAUCGGACCCUGAAUAUUGUUUGAUUGUGGAAGCAAAUGCUAUAGCGGUGGAUAUUGAUAACGAAAUCUCUAUUAUUCAUAAGUUCACUAAAGAGAAAUAUCAAAAAAGAUUUCCGGAAUUGGAUUCGUUGAUUGUAGGCGAAAUGGAAUAUCUCUUAGCAGUAAAAGAAUUAGGAAAUGACUUAAAUCAAGUCAAAAACAAUGAAAAACUGCAGGCCAUCCUUACCCAAGCUACUAUUAUGAUUGUUUCAGUAACCGCGUCAACGACUCAAGGAAAUCUUCUAACACCCUCGGAGAAAGCACAAAUAGAUGAGGCUUGUGAAAUGGCUAUAGAACUAAACAAUUUCAAAUCGCGUAUAUAUGAAUAUGUAGAAAGCCGGAUGACUUUUAUAGCUCCUAAUCUUUCCAUGAUUGUGGGAGCUUCCACCGCUGCCAAAUUAUUAGGUAUAGCUGGCGGCCUUACGAAACUUUCGAAAAUGCCCGCGUGUAAUGUGCAAGUUUUGGGUUCGCAAAAGAAAACGUUGGCUGGUUUCUCUAAAACUCAAAUGUUGCCGCACACUGGUUAUGUAUAUUACGCACAAAUUGUACAAGAUACCCCACCGGAUUUGCGGCGUAAAGCUACACGUUUAGUUGCCGCCAAAGCAGUAUUGGCGGCUAGAGUGGAUGCUUGUCAUGAGAGCGUUCAUGGCGAAAUCGGCUUAAAAUUUAAGGAAGACAUUGAAAAGAAAUUGGACAAAUUGCAAGAGCCUCCUCCGGUAAAAUUUGUCAAGCCUUUACCGAAGCCAAUAGAAGGAAGCAAAAAGAAGCGAGGUGGCAAACGUGUACGUAAAAUGAAGGAGCGUUACGCUUUAACGGAAUUUCGUAAACAAGCCAAUCGCAUGAAUUUUGGCGAUAUCGAAGAAGACGCCUAUCAAGACGAUUUGGGUUAUUCUCGAGGAACUAUUGGUAAAACCGGCGCGGGCCGUAUACGAUUGCCCCAAGUGGACGAAAAAACAAAAGUUCGAAUUAGCAAAACUUUGCAAAAAAAUUUACAAAAACAGCAAGUCUAUGGAGGAAGCACUACGGUUAAACGUCAGAUUUCCGGAACAGCCUCCAGCGUUGCCUUCACCCCCCUACAAGGACUCGAAAUAGUUAAUCCCCAGGCAGCUGAAAAAACCCAAAGCGAAAUAAAUGCUAAAUAUUUUUCAAAUACCUCAGGCUUUCUAUCGGUCGGCAGACGCGCGAUUUGAACACAAUCAUUUCAUAUGAGUUGUACAAGUAAAUUUUAUUAAACACAUGAUAAAAUUAUAAGGAAAUUAAAAUUUGCAAUC